CCUUGAUGUCACCACAAAGGCUUUGCUAUCUGAGUGGGUAAUAAAUGGGUAAAAUCGUCAUUUCUACAGUGCAAGUUCCAUCGCCGAUCAAAAACAGCAAGGAACGAACGCUGGCUCGCUUCGAUCCCGUUCUCUCAUGGCUGUUGCACGAACAUCGCUGGAUUUCGAUUUCGAGCUCUGGACGAACUCGUUGGAACGAUCCAAUCUCCACAAUCCCUAAUUUUUGGGGAAAUAGUUUUUUCCUGUCGACCUUUUUUUGUUCGCGUUUUGAUUCGAGGUACUACACGAACUGAGGGCCAGCGAGAUUUCCAGGAAAUUUUUUCACCCAUCUGGUGGAUCUCUCAGUAAGCUGAAGGAAAGGAGAAUUUCUGAGGAAGAAAGGUCUUUAUCUUCAUUCCAAUUUUUAAGAUCCGAGGAAUUAGCAUUUAUGUGCUGCAGUACUACAAGCUUGUCAUGCUCCACUAUAUAUAUAGUGUGUAUAACAAAGCAGUGAACUUGCGAAAGCUGAAGGAAUGUCAGCACCUGGAAAAUUUGAUUAUUCUUCUACUGGGCAGGAUAGGCCUUUAUACAGAUCCAACUUACCUGCUCAGAUGGAAAGAUCAAGCAGUUUUCGCGAGACUAUGGAUCACCCUGUCCCAUCUUCUCAUCCAACCAUGUUGAGGAGCACCUCACCGAUAACACAAACUGAUGUGACGAAUUUCUUCCAAUGUUUGCGUUUUGACCCUAAGGUGGUUGCCGCAGAUCACAAGUCUAUUCGUCAAGGUGACUUUAAACGGCAUGUGAAUAUUGCCCUUGGGAUAGCAGGGGAUGAGUCUCCAAGUGGAACACUGAAAGGAAAGUUGAUUUCUUCUCCUGUACCGGAAGAGAUCAAAAGACUGAAGGCUGGCCUGCGUGAAAACAAUGUGAAGGCCAGGGAACGUGUAAAAAUUUUCACUGAAGCUUCUUCUGUAUUUAAUAAGUUUUUCCCAAGUGUACCUACAAAGAAGAGGUCUCGACCAGAAGGGUUUUCUAGUGACCGCUCUGGUGAUCGUUUUGUUUUAGGGCCAGGCUUAGGUAAAAUGGGAAUCCAGGGUCAGACUCUGGCUGGCAGUUUUGAACUUGAGCAGCAAAAGUCAGAUGAACGACCUAAAAGUGGUGUACCAAAUAAGCGCACACGCACUUCAAUGAUGGAUGUUCGAAGUAAUGCUAUUGUUCGACAGUCGGCUGCUGUAGAUAGGGAUAAAGACACAAUGAGGCUGGCAAAUCAUAAUUCAGUUCAGGGUGAGGACCGAACUUCAUCAAUUGGCAUUGAUGGUUGGGAAAAAUCGAAGAUGAAGAAGAAACGAUCUGGUAUAAAAACAGAUGUUUCUACAAGCUUGGUGUCAAAUAAAGCUGUUGAAGGUUACCGAGACUUGAAGCAGGGAAUACUGCAGAAAGUAGCUGGUGAUUCCCGAUCAAGAUUGAAUGGUGACUCGAACAUGUUAAGGCAAGGAGCCACUAACGGAGCUGCUGGAUAUGGAAGAUCUGAUAACCUCUCUCAGCAGACAGGCUUAGCAGGACGUUCCUCUCUCUCCAGGGUUGAUUUUGAUCACAGUUCUUUGUACAAUGAGAAGCGAGAACGUUCUAUUGGUUCUGACAAGGAAAGGGUGAAUCUGAGGGCUAUCAACAAAUCAAAUAUUCAUGAUGAAUUCAAUUCUUCAAGUCCAACUUCAAAUGCAAAAACAAAUGCUUCAAUCCGUGGCCCGAGAUCGGGAUCAGGGCUUCCGCCAAAACUCUCGCCUGUGGUCCAUAACGCUCCUUCUCCAAAUGAUUGGGAUAUUUCCAGUUGUACAAAUAAGCCGCCCACAGUAUCUGGGGUUACCAAUCGUAAGCGAAUGACAGCUAAUCGAUCUUCAUCACCACCAGUCACUCAAUGGGCUAGUCAAAGACCACAAAAGAUAUCCCGUAUAGCAAGAAGAACAAAUUUAAUUCCCAUUGUUUCGAGUAAUGACGAUGUUCCCUCCUCAGAUAACGUAUCAGAUAUUGGCUGUAGUGAAAUUGGGUUUGGAUUCCAUAAACGCUCACCAGCAGCUUCUCCUCAGCAAGUCAAACUGAAAGGUGAAAAUAGCUUCUCGACAGCAGCUUUAUCAGAAAGUGAAGAAUCUGGGCCCCCUGAAAUCAAGUCGAGAGACAAGGGUAAACAAUCUGAUGAGGUAGAUGACAAAGCUGCGGAUAAUGUGCCAAAAGUGUCCAUUCCCAUUUUACAAUCAAGAAAAAAUAACAAGCUUGCGAUCGGUGAAGAGCUCAGGGAUGGGGUUAGGAGGCAAGGAAGAACAGGCCGUGGCUUUGCUUCUACAAGGUCUCUCACGCCAAUGAGGUUGGAGAAGCUUGGCAAUCUUGGAACAGCAAAACAACUUCGCAGUGCAAGACAAAGUCUUGACAAGAGUGAGAGCAAGGUGGGCCGUCCGCCUACUAGGAAGCUCUCUGACCGCAAGGCUUACAAACGUCAGAAGCAUACACCGUCAAAUGCAGCACUAAAUUUUCUUGUUGGUUCAGAUGAUGGCCAUGAGGAGCUACUGGCUGCUGUCAAUGCUGCUAUAAAUUCUGCUAGGAACUUGCCCAAUUCCCUCUGGAAGCAGAUGGAGCGUUACUUUUGCUUUAUAUCAGAUGCGCAUAUCAAUUUCUUGAGACAACAGGGAGAACUGUCCUGUGUGGGACCAUCACCGUUAGGGACAUCUUCAGGCUUCGAUAGUCGUGAAGUGUUGUUUCCUGAGGAAUUUACAAGUAGAAUGAACUCUAAAGCUUCUCCUCUCUAUCAGAGAUUGCUAUCCGCUUUAAUUUCCGAGGACUCUAGUAGCGUAACUGAAGAUUUACAACUUGAUGGAUUUGACAACGCGAAUGAUCUUGAUGUUGAGUCACGGUUCAGUGGUUUUAAUCAUUUGAUGGAGUUCAAUGGCUAUAGCACCAAUGAAGGACUGGAACAUGAAGAGUCAGAAGAUGAUGUGUCUAUGGGUCUGCAUAAGGGAGUUAACAACUCAUCUCACCAUUCCAACGGCAGAUUUUCAGACCAUUCAUCCAUUGAAUUCACAGAUAUUCAGUAUGGAAAUCUGGGGAUAGACGAGAAGAUAUACCUGGAGGUUCAGUCUCUGGGGAUUUCCUUGGAACCAUUGCCUAGCAUUUCAAACGUGGAGGAUGAAGGAAUUGUUGAUGACAUAAAAAAGCUAGAGGAAGCUAUCUGCGAGGAGGGUUCCAAGAAGAAAGAGAUGGUGAAUAGGCUACUAAAGCCUGCCCUAGAAAUGAAAGAAUGUCAGGAGAAGGAGUUUGAUCAGCUUGGUUAUGAUAAACUCGUCGAAAUGGCAUAUGAAAAGAACAAGGCAAGUCGCCGUCAUCACACUGCCAGUGGAAAGAGUUCCAGCAACAAAAUAUCCAAGCAAGCUGCAUUGGCUUUCAUUAAAAGAACUCUGGAAAGAUAUCAUCAAUUCGAAGAAUCGGGCAAGAGCUGCUUUAAUGAGCCUGCUUUCAAGGAUAUGUUCAUUGUCGGGUUGGCGCAAGCCACAGAUAAUACUCCAGGAGACAAUGAAUACAUGCCGUCAGCUUCUUCAACUUUCAUGGGUUUACACCCAAGUUCUUCUUCGGCAGAGCGGAUGGGUCAGAAUGGGGAUAAUUAUGCUAAUUCUUCUGAUAUUCUGCACUCCGAAAGUGCUUUACUGGAACAAACCACGGGUAAAGAUGAUACGAUGUGGUCAAACAGGGUCAAGAAGAGAGAACUGCUGCUUGAUGAUGUGGGUAUCGGGGCAUCUCUCACGAGCAGUGGUGCGAAAGGAAAGAGAAGUGAGAGGGACAGAGAUGGGAAAGGACAGGCUUCAUCAUCUAGAGGCGGAACUAAUAAGAUUGGUCGGCCUGCUCUGUCCAGUGCCAAGGACGAAAGGAAAAUGAAAACGAAACCCAAGCAGAAAACGACUCAGACAUCCGCAUCUGUUAGGAUAUCAGAUCAACCCAACGCACCAUUAUCCAAAUCAAGGGAAGCUAACAAUAGCAACAACAAUGAGUUUAACUUGGAGGCACUUGAUGAAUCAGAGCCUCUGGACCUUUCUCACCUCCAAAUACCAGAUGGGUUAGGAGGACCAGAUGAUUUCGAUACACAAGCAGGAGAUCUAAGCACAUGGUUGAACAUUGAUGAUGAUGCGUUGCAAGAUAACGAUCUGAUGGGGCUUCAAAUACCGAUGGAUGAUCUUUCAGACUUGAACAUGAUGGUUUGAGGUUACUCUUUCUCUCCCUUUACAUCUGUAUAGUCUUGUUUCUUAUACUAUUGAUGGAGAAACGCAAAGGAAAAGAGGAAAAAAAAAACAGUUUUGCUUCUCUGAAGGAAUAACCAGUCACCGGAAUGGUUAUUGGCUGUCGGCUCCAGCAAAUUAGGUCUUAUAGAUUCUUCUUCUUCUUCUUCUUCUUCUCCUUAGGGUUCCUUCUUAUAUAAUUCGAUUCUAGGGUGAACUGCUUUUGGGUUUUUGUUUUCUUCUUUUCGGUUUACAGCUUGAUGGGGAUUGGAGUUUGGCUCAUGUGGUUAAGUUAGGUCGGUAGGUAAACUUCCCGGCUGUAAAGAGCUUUUGCGGCAAAAAAGAAAAAGAAAAGAAAGGAUGAUAGUAAUAUGUUUGUAGUGAUAUCGUUAUAAGAAAUUGUGGGGUCUUCUUCU